AUGAGUGAAUUCUUUAAAUCUGCAAUGGGCUAUUUCAAUACAGCCCCAAAUGCGAACAUUGAAGAUCCAGCCAGUAGCACUUCUGGCAAUGGUGCUCCAAUAGGAAUUAAUACGACAAACGAGUUUUGUGGUCAAGUUGUUGAAGUAGCAGGAUAUAAGCUCCGUGUGAAGCGAGUUAUAGCUGAGGGCGGUUUCGCCUUUGUAUAUGUGGCGCAAGAUGUGCAAACUGGUAAAGAAUACGCCCUCAAGCGUCUCAUAGGGACGGACAAACAAGCUUGCAACGCAAUUAUUAAUGAAAUAAACACACACAAGCAGCUAUCUGGUCACCCGAAUAUUGUUACAUUUGUUGGAGCAGCUUUUAUUGAUAAAACAACAGGACCUCAACAGCGUGCUGAAUAUUUGCUAUUAACGGAACUUUGCAAUGGUGGUUCCCUCAUAGACUGUUUGAACGGAUCAUUCGAUCCAUCGCUAGUUCUACGUGUAAUUUACCAAGCAUCUCGUGCUAUAGCUCAUAUGCACACACAAAUACCACCUAUAACUCAUCGCGAUAUUAAGAUUGAAAACUUUCUUAUCGGAAAUGAUAAACAGCUAAAGCUUUGCGAUUUUGGUUCCGCUACUAAAGAGUCAUAUGCCCCAACAAUCGAUUGGGGAGCAAAGCAACGUAAUCUUCUUGAAGAUCAGUUGAGCUCUGUUACAACGCCAAUGUAUCGUGCGCCAGAAAUGUUAGAUACUUGGUCUAAUUAUGAAAUUGGUGUGAAAGUUGAUAUCUGGGCUUUGGGCUGUAUAUUGUAUGCUUUAUGUUUUCAAAAGCAUCCUUUCGAAGAUUCAGCCAAGUUGAGGAUUGUCAAUGGAAAUUAUAUGUUACCCACAGAUUCUAGAUUCCAGUGCUUUCAUGAAAUAAUCAAAGGUUGCCUUAAUGUGAAUCCUGCUCAUCGCUUAAAUAUAUCGAUGGUGCUAGAACGUUUGGCUGCUAUUUCUGAAACAAAAAAUUGGUCGCUUAAAGGUGCUCUUGAGUUAUAUGGUAAGCCCAUAGAAUCUCCACAAUCAAAAAGUCCAAUAAAUGGAGCAAAUACAGCAAACAACAGUGGUACGAGUAUCGCACCGCAGCCGCAUUUACCACAAGUAUCAAAUGUUGUGGAGGGUAGUGGUAAAUCUACGUUUUAUAUGGAUGAUCCUACUGAGCCUCGACCACGACCAGAAACAAAUGUUCAGUCACAACAGCAACAAAAUAUUAAUCCAGCAAAUAUACAAGCUGGUGGAAAUACCGGCACUUCGAAUAGUAGCUUAUUUUCAUCAUUGCGUGGUGGAGCUGGCAGUUUUCUGAAAAAUUUGAAGGAUACCUCUUCAAAAGUAAUGCAAACAAUGCAGCAAACAAUAGCUCGUACAGAUUUAGAUAUCAGCUACAUAACUUCACGUGUGCUGGUAAUGCCUUGUCCAUCAGAAGGUUUUGAGUCAGCUUAUAAAACUAAUAAUAUUGAAGACGUGCGUUUAUCUAUUGAAAGUCGGUUUCCACCGCAAAAGAUCAGCAUAUAUAAUUUUGGACAUAGUAAUUGUCCAAGAUUGUCUCCUCCAGUGCGCACUGUCGAGGUUGGUUCAAUUUAUGCUUGCCCGCAAGCACAUUCGCCCAAUCUGCAAGGCAUAUUUUCUGUUGUCGAAGAUAUGUAUGGUUUCCUAACAGCUGAUCCCAAAUCCGUUGUUAUUAUACAAACGAGUGAUGCUGGCGGUUGUUCCGCGGCUACAAUAGCUGCAGCACUUCUCAUGUAUGCGAACUUAAUUCAUGAACCCGAGGAUGCAGUGCAGGUGUUUGCAGUAAAACGCCAUCCAAUCAAUUUGAGACCAUCUGAGUUCCGCUAUUUAUAUUAUUUCGGUGACAUUUUGCGUCAGCCGCCGUUAUUGCCGCACUACAAAAGUAUCAAUUUGGUUUCGUUAAGCUGCCAGCCGGUGCCGCGUAUGACUAAAGCACGCGACGGGUGCCGUAUUUAUAUGGAGGUUUAUUGCAAUGAUCGACUGUUGCUAAGUACUUUACAAGAUUAUGAAAAGAUGCGACUUUAUUUAUCUGGACCCGGCAAAAUCACACUGCCCAUUAAUCUUACUGUUUGCGGCGAUUUGAUAAUAGUUCUUUAUCAUGCACGCAACGCACUCAAGGGUAUGGUACGUCCACAAAGUUUGAAGAUAUGUCAAUUUCAAAUAAAUACUGGUUUCAUACCGGAGCAAGAAACGCUGAUUACGUUUUCAUCGCAUGACUUAGAUGAUUUACCAGAUGCCGAUCAAGUGCCGCCUGAUUUUUCAGUUUCACUUUCGUUAACUUUCACCGAUAAUGAGUGUCCACCAAGCAGAAAUCCACCUUGGCUGCCAGCUAAACCCAAACGCAACGCACAACAUCUUUUUAGUUCGCAGUUAGAAUUCGAAGAAAUGGUGGAUAAUUUCGUGACAAAGCCGACAUCCAAUCAGCAAACACCGCCGAUAGUGAAACCGGAACCUCCAACAACAAAACCUUUGCUCUCAAAUUCACCCCUAAUUUUACCAGAUGUUACUGAAAUACGACACGAAGAUGCGCAGCGGGCCCACCCAGAACCAUCGCCGCCUAUAGAUUUGCUCAAUUUGAAUCAGCCUCAACCGCAGCAAUGUUCGCAAGAUCCACAAGCCACAGCUCUGCCCACGAGUGACGCUAGUUUCGAUUUACUUGGUGCAUUUGGUGAUGACAAUUCCUCGGGCAUAGGUUCGGCCCCCAUACCGGAUAUCUUAGAAAACAAUGUGCAACCCACUUCAAAUGCCGAUUUGGAUGAUAUAUUCGGCUCAGUUGCGUCCUCUGCACCAAAAAUCAAUGUAGAAUUCAAUAGUUUUGCUAGCGCUCAGUCAACAUUCGCUGAUAGUGAAACGGCAAGUACUGCAAACACGUCCAGGUCUAAAGCAACACCAACAGCAGCAACAGGGACUUUCUUCGGUUCGGUACCUUCCUUCAAUACAGAUUCCAACAAAGAUCCAUCGCCACAAAAUGCAAAAGAUCCCUUCGCAGAUAUUGCCGAUUUGGCUUCAGGUCUCAAUAUAAACUUCAAUCCACACACAUUAGGCAGUAAAUCAACUGGUGCUACGCCAAUCGGCAAUAGUCCAUACACAACACAAUUCUCUAGCCCAACACACAAUACAAGUGGCGUUAGAACACCACAGCCGUCACAACAAUCAACUGCCUCGCCGAAUCAUUUGAAGUCGCCAGCUGGUGCUGGCAAUUUUGGUGCGUCCUUUUCAACCGGAACUGGACCGUUAUUUACUACGCCUUCAGGUCAAAACUCUAACCGACCAUCACCACAGUCCACAGCAGCUUCAGCUGGUUCAAAUGCUCAAUCGAAUAGACCGGAUUAUAGUCGUUCGAAUUUCGAUACACCUAAGUCGGGUCAAAGCGCCGGACCGCAAAAUAAGAAUGCUGAUAUUUUUGCUGAUAUACUGGGUGAACAAGGUUACAAAUUCGGAAGUAAAACCAACCAAGGACCCCGUUCUAUCAACGAAAUGCGCAAAGAAGAUCUUAUAAAAGAAAUGGAUCCAGAGAAAGUGAAAAUCAUGGAAUGGACCGAAGGCAAAAAGAGCAACAUAAGAGCAUUAUUAUGUUCCAUGCACACGGUUCUUUGGACUGAUGCAAAGUGGACUAAAUGUGAAAUGUCUACGCUUAUUACGCCAGCUGAUGUGAAAAAGUCGUAUAGGCGGGCAUGCCUCGCAGUACAUCCAGAUAAGCACAAUGGCACUGAAAAUGAGAAUAUAGCGAAAUUGAUAUUUAUGGAAUUAAAUAAUGCUUGGACUGACUUUGAGAAUGAUGCCACGCAGCAAAAUAUCUUCAAUACAUAAAAGGGUUGUUUAAAAUGCAGGUUUCGCAGCGCACCGAUGACAAAACUAACUCUCCGUGUCGCGAACCAGCUCUUUUCAUGCAUAAAAAUAAGUUAAAAAUAGUUAAUUUUAAAAACUUGCAUUGUUUUAUGUGUGCAUUAUUUUUCUUAAAGCUAGCUAUUAAGUGACUGGUAUAUGUAAAAACAUAUGAGCCACCUUUAACUGUAAGUUACGAGUACCGAUUGUAUUCAUUUGUAUGUAAACAUAUUUUUUUAAACAAACAUUCUAAAGCAAGGAAAAUAUCCAAUUUAA